AUGGAACCGAAGGCUUUGAGGCUAAAAGAUGAGUGCCCCAAGGAUGAAGAAGUUUCCCAUGCAGAGAAUGUAACAUCUUUUGAUCUCACUUCGUCUUAUUCUGGCUACAUUGAAUUUGAUAGUAGAAAAUCCAUUGUGCAAGACAUAAUGAGAAAACUUAAAGAUCCCAAUAUAAAAAUUAUUGGACUCCAUGGAGCACAAGGGAUGGGUAAGAGCACUUUAAUAAAAAAAAUUGCUAAUAAAGCCAAAGAUGAGGGGUUGUUUGAUAGGGUGGCUGAAAUAGAUGUAACUGUCAAUCCCAAUCCACUCACAAUUCAAGCAGAUAUUGCACAUGUGUUAGGAUUGCCAUUAGUAGGGGAAAGUGAGAAUGUAAGAGCUGAUUAUCUAAGGAGAUGGUUAAAGAUAGAAAAUGUGAGCAUCCUUAUAAUCUUGGAUAACCUUCAUGAAAGAUUAGACUUGAAUAGGUUAGGGAUUCCGGUUGAUCUUGAUUAUGAUUUAAGAAAGAAGAACGAGUUAAGCAUAAUGUCAAGUAACCAGGGUACUAACCCAAAUCCUGGCGGCGGCGCACAGGGUACUGGCGAAAAAGUCCUAAAAAAAGGAAAUUUUCUUGGUGAUUAUAAGGGAUGCAAAGUUUUGCUUUCUUCACGUGAUAAGAAAGUAUUUCAUGAUGAGGUUGAUGUUGAGUCAAAUUUUUGUUUAAAGGAAUUAGAUGGCAAUGAUGCCUUGAUGUUGUUUGAGAAGGUGAUUGGAGGAGGUAAUAAAAUGUCUAUGCCUAAAGAAGAAAUCCAGAACUAUUGUACAGGAUUGCCCAUGAGAAUAGUUACAUUUGGAGUGGCAUUUAAAAACUGGAUUGAGUCAGAAAGCAAACCUACACUGGACAAAUUUAAAAAGCAAGGUCUGGUUGAAUGGCAAAAGUCUUCGGAGACUCCUAAUAAGAAAAAAUAUGACCUUCCAAAAAAUAAGGAACUCAAGUUCAUUUACUUGCUUUGUGCUCAAAUGGGUCACCUACCCCUGGUUAAUGACUUGGUGAAAUAUUGCUUUGGAUUAGGUAUAUUUGAAGGGGUCUCUUCCCUUAGUGCAGCUCGUGAAAAAAUAAAUGAAUCGAUCCAAGAGCUCAAAAACUUGAGUUUGGUGUCAUACGAAAAUCCUAAUAUUCAUUUCCAUAUGUCUCAUAUGGUUCGAGAUGAUGCUUUAAGUAAUGCACUCAUGGAUCACAAUGUUUUUGCUUUGAGAGAUGGAAAACUAGAUUAUUGGCCCGAUCUUGAAAAAUGCAUUUCUAUUUCUAUAUGCAAUAGUUACAUUACAGAUGGGUUUCCUCAAGUCAUAAAUUGUCCUCAACUUAAAUUUUUGCAAAUAGAAACUAAUGAUCCGUCUUUGGAAAUACCUCAGAGAUUUUUUAGCAGCAUGAAAAACUUGUUAGUUUUAAUACUGACUGAUUUUCAUCUGUCAAGCUUACCAUAUUCAAUUAAAGACCUAUUGAACCUCAGAAUGCUUUGUUUGGAGCGGUGCACUUUGGAUUGCAAUUUAUCGGUACUGAGAAAGUUUAAAAAAUUAAGAAUCCUCAGUUUCUCUGGAUCUCAACUUAAAAAUUUGCCAGUUGAGCUACGAUACUUGGAUAAGUUGCGAAUGCUAGACAUCAGCGAUUGUUUCAAACUGAAGAUUAUUCCACCUGAUCUUUUUUCUAAUUUGAGGUGUUUGGAAGAGUUGUAUAUAAGAAAAAGCUUGAUCAAAAUGUUGGUUGAAAAAGGGGAAAACAAAGGUCAUAAUUCAUUUCUUUCUGAGCUAAAGAAUUUGCAUCAAUUGAAAGUGGUGGACUUAAGCAUCCCGUGUGUUUCAAUUUUGCCUAGUCACUUAUUCUUUGACAGGUUAAAAGAUUACAAGAUUGAAAUUGGGGACUUUGAAAUGUUUUCUGUUGGAGAAUUUAGGAUGCCCAAUAAAUAUGAAGAACUCAAAGUAUUGGCAUUGCAGCUAAAGGACGACACUGAUCUUAACUCCCAUCAAGGCAUAAAAUUGUUGUUUAAAACAGCACAAAGUUUGUUCUUGGGAAAUGUAUGUGUUCAAAAUGUUCUUAAUGAGUUGAAUAUAGACGGAUUUCAGAAUUUGAAACACUUAUCCAUCAUAAAUAACAAUGAUGUCGAAUAUUUCAAUUCAACAGAUUUGUCUUAUUGUGUGAACAUUUUUUCCAAUUUGGAAUCUCUAUGGCUCUGCAACAUGAUGAACUUAAAGAUGAUAUGUCGCGGUCCAAUUACACUUGAAUCAUUUGCCAAAUUAAAAACCAUCAAGGUUGAGAUGUGUUGCCAAUUGGAAAAUCUCUUCUCCUUCUACGCAAUUAAAAUUUCUACUAGCACAGGAACAAGUGAGAUUUUUAAAUGUAAUUCUAUCAUGAAGAAAUUUCUAGCUAGUUUAGAAAUGAUUGAGGUUUGUGAAUGUGAAUCUUUAAAGGAGAUCCUUCAAAUACCACUGGAUUGUGGUGAGGUUUGUGAGGUUUGUGAAUGUGAAUCUUUAAAGGAGAUCCUUCAAAUACCGCAGGAUUAUGGUAAGGUUGAGUUUCUCAAAUUACGAACUUUGACACUCCAAUCAUUACCAUCAUUUACUUGUUUUUAUACCAAAGUGGAGAGAUCUUGCUGGCCACAUUUGACAGAGGCUCAAACUACAAAUUGGGGUCACACAGAAAUUUCUACUGAACAAGAUGGCCACAGUGACAAUGCGCCUCCUCUUUUUGGUGAACUAGUAUGA